AUGGUCGUUAUGUGGUCCCCACCACCGACCUGCCCGACGGGGACCCCCGGCGCGACCUCGUGUUCAUCGACGACGACAUCACCCGCUUGCGCGCCCGGGCGGUGCGACUCAACAGCCGCCAUGCCCACCGCGAGUAUCCGUGGUCGCGCACCCGCCGGUUCGUUUCCAACGUGCGGGUUGAAGAGACUAGGGAUGGCGAACUCGCUGUUGCCGCCAACGUAA